ACCGUGGUGGGCAACGUGCUGGUGGUGAUCGCGGUGCUGACCAGCCGCGCGCUGCGUGCCCCCCAGAACCUGUUCCUGGUGUCACUGGCCUCGGCCGACAUCCUGGUGGCCACACUGGUCAUGCCCUUCUCUCUGGCCAACGAGCUCAUGGCCUACUGGUACUUCGGGCAGGUGUGGUGCGGCGUGUACCUGGCGCUCGACGUGCUCUUCUGCACCUCGUCCAUCGUGCACCUGUGCGCCAUCAGCCUGGACCGCUACUGGUCCGUGACGCAGGCCGUGGAGUACAACCUGAAGCGCACGCCGCGCCGCGUCAAGGCCACCAUCGUGGCCGUGUGGCUCAUCUCGGCCGUCAUCUCCUUCCCACCGCUCGUCUCGCUCUACCGCCAGCCCGACGGCGCCGCCUACCCUCAGUGCGGCCUCAACGACGAGACCUGGUACAUCCUGUCGUCCUGCAUCGGCUCCUUCUUCGCGCCCUGCCUCAUCAUGGUCCUGGUCUACGCGCGCAUCUACCGCGUGGCCAAGCUGCGCACACGCACGCUCAGCGAGAAGCACACCGCCGCCGGCCCCGACGGCGCGUCCCCGACCGUGGCUCAGGCGCGCGAGAAGCGCUUCACCUUCGUGCUGGCCGUGGUCAUGGGCGUGUUCGUGCUCUGCUGGUUCCCCUUCUUCUUCAGCUACAGCCUGUACGGCAUCUGCCGCGAGGCCUGCCAGGUGCCGGACCCGCUCUUUAAGUUCUUCUUUUGGAUCGGCUACUGCAACAGCUCGCUCAACCCGGUCAUCUACACGGUGUUCAACCAGGACUUCCGGCGCUCCUUCAAGCACAUCCUCUUCCGCCGGAGGAGAAGGGGCUUCAGGCAGUGACGGGUGCGCCCCGCCCGGCGCGGAGACCCCGGGCGGCUCCUGGAGGAGGCGGGCGGGGGGGGCCCCCAGAGAAAGCUGGUUCCAUUCCCCCGGAGACCCAGGGAUGGAUUGGCCUCCAGGGCGCAGGGCAGGCGCAUGGGCGGAUGAGACCCAAGCGCCCCCGGGAGAGGGGAGGAGAAAGGGGAGCCCCUCUGCCUUCCCAUCUCAGCGAGGGGCUGCUUGCGAGGCUGCAGGCCUGGAUCCCGCUCAGGGGGCCCUGCCGAGGGGGGCUGUCAGGUCGGGGUUGUAGCCACAGAGGCGCUGGCAACCCUCCAGACUCU